AUGGAGGCGUGGCAGCGGCGGGCCCUGCGGCGGCUGCGGGGUGAGCUGGCGGAGCAGCUGCGGCUGGAGGUGCCGCUACAGUACCUGUACCAGGAGGGGGUGGUGAACCGCAGUCUGCUGGAGGAGCUGGAGGCCGAGCCCGUGGCCGCCCGCCGCAACCUCAAGCUGCUCGACUACCUGCCGGGCCGCGGGCCGCGGGCCUUCGCCGCCUUCGUCCACUCCCUCAGGGACGAGGCCCCGUGGCUCAGCCGCCGGCUGGAGGAGGAUGAGGCGCGGGAGGACGAGGACGACGAGCCGCCGGCAGAUGAUGUGCUGUCAACCAUCUCGGACCAUGUCUUGAAUUGCGUGCCCACCGACAAGCAGUUAAAUCAUCUCUCUGGCCAAAUGGGAACAGAAUGGGAGCAGGUUGUGAAUGACCUGGGACUGAGGAGUUCAGACGUCUACCGAUGUAAAAUGAACCACCAGUACAACGUGCAGGCACAGAUCUUGGCAUCAUUUAUCGUGUGGAAGCAACGGCUGGGAAAACAAGCUACAUUGCGGAACCUGUGUACCAGUCUUACUUCAGCAGAUGUGGACCCCACAGUAAUAAAGGAUGCAUUUCAGUAAACAGUCGGGGCUGGGUUACCCACUGCAAAAAGUGAUGGGCCAGUCGUAUUUGACAGGGUGCAACAAAGGAGCAGUGAAUAGGGUGCAGCAAAGGAGACAUAAAAUGCUGCUGUAACUCAGCGGGCCAU